AUGGCCACCUACGAAACCGACCCGGAGAUUGGCUUCGAUCAGGACGACCCUAGGUACUGGCAUGCCCUCCACGUCAACCUGCACCAUGCAAUCUUAGAAAAGGAUAUGGCCGAAGUCAAGCGCCUGUUGAGCUUGGGAGCCGACAUCAAUCUCAAAACUGAGCAUGGCUACACUGCACUGGAUUGGGCAGACCAUCUAAAAAACUUGGAAGUCGCCAAGUGCCUUCUUCGGAACAUGAACGUGAAAUUGCACGGAUAUGUCGAAAUCCUCAAGCAUAUCCGUGCCAAACGCCCGAUCAUUGUGCGCGCUCUCCUGGAGAUGGGGGUCACUGGCAUGCUCGCCAAAAACAAGCGCUUCCAUAGAGGUUUGAUCCUGCAGGCUUGUCGGAUCGGCCAUCCGACUAUACUCCAGAUGCUGAUCAACUGCGUUCCCGGCUACAUGAUAACUGACUACAAACAAGUGUAUUUGCAAGUAGCGGCGUCUGAGCAUAACGACGAUGUCCUGGAAAUACUGCGCGCGAGGGCUCGUCAAGAAGACGCGUGGAGAGAGAACUACCUCAGGCCCAAGACCUCUGUGACUCAGGUUCAACUGCCGCCAAGAGACCUUGAGUAUGAGAAGAUCUUCGAUGAGUACAUCAACCCGGACGCGUAUCUUCCUUGAGUCAGAGUUGGAGUCCGUUGGCUUGUUGACUUUGUUGGUUCUGUUGGCCUGCUAUCGUGGCAGAUGGUGGCAUCUUUGAUUAUCAGAGCAAUGAUUGAAAACGUGUCCAUGCCUUACGCAGAUAUGACUAGCGAUUGAAUCGAGAUCCAAGACAUUGUAUUUGCAUUUUUGCUCUUCUCCUUGCAUAAAGCUGUCAAGGUCGUAG